AUGACUCUAUACCAAGAAAUAAAACAAAUCAUGCUUAUAUUAUUAGCAACAGCAAAAAUUUCCUAUCGACCAAUAGUCUUAUGGCAUGGUAUGGGAGACAGUUGUUGUAACCCAGAAAGCAUGGGUAAAAUCAUAGAGCUAUUGGAACAAACGCUUCCCGGUGUUUACGUGUAUUCUAUAAUGGUGGGUGAAGACGAAAAUGAGGAUAAGAAAUCGGGAUUUUUCGGAAAUGUCAAUAAUCAGGUAGCUGAGGUUUGUGAAGUAUUAAAGGCUGAUAAGCAACUAAAAUAUGGAUUCAAUGCGAUUGGAUUUUCUCAGGGUGGUCUGUUCCUCCGCGCAUAUGUUCAGCGAUGUAAUGAUCCACCCGUCCAUAACUUGAUUACAUUUGGUUCACCACAUCAAGGAGUUUCUGAUAUUCCUGGAUGCGAAAUCAACGACGGUUUGUGUCAACUAAUGCGCAACAUAGCACGCCGGGGAGCAUACUCCGGUUACGUACGCACUCGAGUAGUAUCUGCGCAGUACUACAAAGACCCGACAAGACUAGACCUGUACAAGCAGCAAAACAUAUUUUUACCUGACAUUAAUAAUGAAUUGGAAGUCAAAAACGCGACAUACAAAGAAAAUCUAGCAUCUUUGAAUACCCUCGUUUUGAUUCGAUUUACGGAAGAUGUUACAUUGAAGCCAAGAGAUAGUGCAUGGUUUUCAUUUUAUGAUGAGGACGGUGAACUACAAGAUCUUUAUAAUACGCCGUUAUACAUUGAAGAUUGGAUUGGUCUGAGACAAUUAGACGAAGAGGAAAGGCUGGAGUUCAAAGAAGCAGAAGGGGCCCACAUGAAAUUCGAUUUGGAUUUUUUUGUUGAAGAGGUCAUUGAGCCUUAUCUUCAAGAUCCCUGGAUUCCCCCCAAAUCUGCUAAAAUGCGCUUAAUCAAGCAAGGUUCAAAGAAAGAAAAGUUUUUGCGAAAUUUCAGAACUCGUUUAAAUAUACUUUUCAAGAGCUUUUUAGAGUUAAUUGCAGGAUAG